AUGGCUGCCGCGCAGGGGGUUACGAUGCCGGGCAGUGUGGGGGAUGAUGUCUUUGUUGAUACUACUACUGGGGGGCCGGUUCCGAUGCAGGAGGGGCAGCCUUUGACGCAUCCGACGAGUGCUAUCAGGGAGACGCAGCAGCCGGGGUCGCAUCAGCAUGUUGCUCAGCAGCAGGCGCUGGCUUUGGCCCACCAGCAGCAGCAGCAACAGCAGCAGCAGCAGAGGGGCCAUGUAACGUCACCGAGUACGUUGUCUGUUGGGUCUGAGUCUACGGGGACUGGGGCGAAUAGUAGGGAGGCGGCGGAGAGGAUUAUUAGGGAGCAGUUUGAGGGUGGGCGUGGGGGGGGUGGUCAGAGAGGGGGAAGGGGGGAUGGUCUGGGGAGUCCGAAGGAGGGCGAGAGGUUGGGGAGGUUUUAUUUUGAGGAGCGUUAA